AUGGGGAACGCUGAUGCCAUAAGCAGACUACCCCUCGAGGCAGGUUCGGAUGACAAUCCUGACCCGAAUCCGCCUGAAGUCCUGCUGCUAGAGGCGGUACAGGACGCCCCUAUGCGUGCGGAACAGAUUGCAAUAGAAACAGAAAAGGACGCUAUUCUCGGCAAGGUACUCAACUGGACAGAGAAAGGAUGGCCUGAGUCAGCAAUAAAGGACCAAUCAUUUCAACCGUUUCAAGUUCGGUGGAACGAGCUGUCACUCCUGAAAGGUUGCAUCCUCUGCGGGAACAGAGUAGUUAUACCACCGACACUGCAGGCAAGCGUUAUGAGUACGCUUCACGCAGGGCAUGUCGGAAUAGUGAGAACGAAGGCAUUAGCAAGGAGUUACGUGUGGCGGCCAGGUAUUGACAGCGAUAUUGAAAACACGGUCAGCAGUUGCUGGUCCUGCCAGAUGACGCGCAACAUGCCGCCACGAGAAGCUCCGCACCCAUGGAUUCCGCCGUCCAGACCUUGGUCACGGGUUCAUCUCGACUACGCAGGACCUUUCUAUGGACGAAACUUCCUGGUGGGAGUGGACACUUACACACGUUGGCCGGAGGUGACACAGGUGUCGUCGCUCUCCGCAACAGAGCUCAUCAAACAUUUGCGACGGAUGUUCGCUACUCACGGACUUCCGGAAGUGAUUGUCACAGACAAUGGCACAAGCUUCGCGUCAGCCGAGAUGCGAGGAUUCACGAAACUAAAUGGGAUUCAACACGUCUUCACGCCAGUCUACCAUCCAGCUUCUAACGGCUCCGCAGAACGCAUGGUACAGACCGUAAAGUCUGGUCUUUCAAGACUGCAAGGGAGCGACUGGGAAUGGGGGUAG